UUGAUAUCAGCGAUAGUUGGGAAUAUACUUUAAAAAUCGCCGCCGUAAACAUAUGAUUUAGUCAACGAUUGUAAUCAAAUUAGCGCAAUAUUUCAAAGUUUUGAACAGAGUGUAAAUUCUUUAAAAACUUCUUGAUUCUUUGCUGUUAUGAAUUCCAAUGGAUUUGAACAAUGGGGUGGUUAUAUGGAGGCCAAGAUAACGAAGCUCGAAGAGCAGUUUUCCGCGGCUAGCAAUCCUUACAAAAAAUCAAAUUUAUUCUCUGGCAUAUCCAUUUAUGUAAACGGUCUCACUAAUCCGUCAGCGGAUGAGUUGAAGCGGAUGAUGAUGGUGUAUGGAGGUACUUUUCAUCAUUACGAACGUUCGCAUACAACCUAUAUUAUAGCGUCCAAUUUACCUGAUGUAAAAGUUCGAAACAUGAAUACAAGUAAAAUAAUAAGUCCUCAAUGGGUUGUCGAUUGCAUAAAAGAAACGCGUCUGCUGGAUCACACACGCUAUUUAUUAUAUACGAAUCAAAAAGUAACACAACCAGGCUUAUUCUUUAAGAAACACAAGAUGCUUGAACAUGAAGGUGAGGUGUCACUAAAGGAUAAUUGCAAUGACACACAAAAGGAAGAGUCUUUAAUCAAAACCGAUGCAACAAAUGUAAUUGAAAGUGACAACACAAAUUGUAAAGACUUAGCGCGAACUGCUGUAGAUCCAAGAUUCCUUACAGAGUUCUAUAAUAAUUCAAGAUUACACCAUAUCGCAACACUAGGUACUGGUUUUAAAAAAUACGUAUCGGAUCUGCGCGAACAACAUGGAACAAAAGGUUUUCCAGCUCGUGCAACACUAAAAGAUCGGCUAAGUGUUCGUUCAUCAGUUAGCAAUAAUAAACCUUCCGCAACAUGGAUUAUGCACAUUGAUAUGGACUGCUUUUUUGUAUCAGUGGGGCUGCGGAAACAUCCUGAGUUAAAGGAUCAACCGGUUGCUGUAACACAUUCAAAAGGGGGAACAAAUGCCACUUCCGUGCCCGUCCAUCCUUCUGCUGAUCGCAAGAUAGAAAUGGAACUAUUUGCAAAACGUUUUGAAGAACAUUUACAUAACAAUAUACUUUCCGAGAAAGUACGAGGUGGUUUUGAAGCUAAAAUGUCACUUUCGGAAAUCGCUUCGUGCAGCUAUGAGGCACGUGCCAAAGGUAUAAGAAAUGGCAUGUUUGUGGGACAAGCUUUAAAUUUAUGUCCUGAAUUAAAAACAAUACCUUAUGACUUUGAGGGGUAUCGUGAAGUAGCAUAUACCCUAUACGACACCAUAGCACAAUAUACGUUAGAUAUCGAGGCCGUCAGUUGCGAUGAAAUGUUUGUUGAUUUAACGGAUAUAUUAAAUGAGAUACAUAUCGAGCCAAUGGAGUUUGUGCUUGCUGUACGGGAAGAAGUGCGUUUAAAAACUGGUUGCCCAUGCUCCGCGGGUGUAGGAGGAAACAAAUUGCAAGCACGUAUGGCCACAAAACGUGCCAAGCCAGAUGGUCAAUAUCAGUUGUUUCCAGAAGUUGCACAGAAGUACAUGGCUGAUAUUAAAAUUGAUGAGUUACCAGGCGUAGGAAGUAGUACAGCUUAUACUUUAGAACAGAACAAUUUGAUUACGUGUGGAGAUCUCCAAAAGAUUUCAUUGUUAAAAUUACAAAUGCAUGUUGGCAAGAAGUUUGGCGAGACCCUUUAUCAGUUCAGUCGUGGCAUCGAUAAUCGUUCGCUGCUUUAUGGUCAGAUACGUAAAUCUGUAUCAGCGGAAGUCAAUUACGGUAUUCGUUUUAAAGAGUUCUCUGAAUUAGAAACAUUUCUCCGUCAAUUAUGCACGGAAGUACAUACUCGUCUAAGCGAUAUCAAACGACAGACGAAAUGUGUCACAUUAAAAUUAAUGGUGCGAGCCAAAGAUGCGCCAAUUGAGGCGUCGAAAUUUAUGGGCCACGGUGUAUGUGAUCAUCUAACAAAAUCAGUAACAUUGUCAGGAUAUACUUGUGAGUUAGAAGUGAUCACACGUACCGUAUUGGCGACUAUGAAGGCUAUGACAGUACCACCAAAUGAAUUACGUGGCAUCGGUAUUCAGCUUUCCAAACUAAAUGAUCCCAACGAGGGUAAAGAACGAAAAGAGAACGUCAUAAUGAAUUUGUUUAACAAAGUUGCAGACAAGAAAAAAGAAAGAGCUACUAAAUCGGCUGAGGAUAGUAACGGGGAUGUCGCAAUUCAAAUUGAGGAACCCAAUGUACUAUUAAAUUGUAACUCAACGCUAAACGUUAAAAAGCCAGAAAAACAUAUUAAAAAUGUAGGAAAACGUAGUCGGGAUAAAAUUGGGGACAACAAUACCCUGGAUGCAAAAUCAAAAAAUGAACCAAAUAUUUUAAACCUUUUCAAAAAAGCUGCUACAAAACAAGCAGUAUCUCUAAAUAAUUUAAAAUGUAAUGGUAAUCCCUUGCCAAAAGAUAUAGACCCAGAAGUUUUUGCGGCAUUACCACCAGACAUUCGUAACGAAGUACUGCAUGCCUAUAAAGAUCCAAAACAAGGUUCAGCUUUAGUCACUGCACAACCACAGAACCAAGGAUCAGCUCCAACAAUUAUGCUACCUCCGUCUCAAUCUUCAAAUAACGUAAGUACGCUAAAUGAAAGUGACCUGCAACCAUCCACAUCUAAAGCCGCUGCAUUCAGAAAUCAACAAAAGCAACUGCAAAAAAAGAUGCUAAACAAACAAAAAAGUCAAGUAAACUUAAAUAACAUCGAGUUGAAAACAAUUCCACAAAAUAUUGAGCAGGAAUUUCUGGAUGCAUUGCCACCAGAAUUACGUAACGAAAUUAAAGAAAAUUUUGCUCAACCAACUGUUAAAUACGAAGCUACAUCGGAAGUAAUGCUGAAUCAAAUUGAUCCUGAAUUUUUAGACGCAUUGCCGCCAGAAUUACGCCAAGAAAUCGAACAAAAUUUUGGAAAAUCACAUGGCCGUACUAAAAGCAACCAGAGAUUAACAUGUGAAACAGAUGAUUCACUUAAGAAUAUAUUCAUGGAACCGAAAUGCGAAUAUUUACUUUUGGAUUGGUUGAAAAGUUCUAAUGUGCCAGAAGUAGUUGAUACUCAUUUAGUGUCUAAGCAUGCAGCCGCUAUGGUCAAAGCAGAUAAAAUUGAUCGACUUUACUCGGCGUUGAUGUUUCUCUGCAAGUUAAUAAAUCAACAGAAAAGCAAUGAAUGCAAUUGGCAUAAGGCCUAUGGGUCCAUAAUUCAAUUUGUUCAAAAGGAGAUGUCAACGAGUUAUGACGGUCGAAAGUUGUUCUUGGGCGUAAAGCUAAAAUGUGAUAAAUGUAAAUGGCAAUAAAGUGUUUUUUUUUAUAAAUUACCAAAUGUUUUCACUAUACAACACCAAUUUUUUUGUGGUAUAAACUUUAGAGACAAACUGCGAUUUUUAGAGCUACCUCUUCGCACACUUCCCUUGGGUUGCACUCAAGUUCAAGUCAAUGUAGGGUUUUUUCCGGCCUAUUUCACUGAAACUAAUAGGAUGAAUAUACACAUACAUGCUCAAAAUACACAUUCUGAGCACCUAAAAAAUUGUUCUUUAACCGUAUAUUCUCAACCCUCAACCCUUGAGGUUUUCCAUUUACUAAUAUGAUCAAUCUAUAUUGAUUGGCUGUAAUUUCAAUUUAUUAUUUUAUAGUUUAUCAAUUAGAAAAACACUGAAUUGAAUUCAUAAAAAGCAUGUUCUCAUUUUUUAAUAAAAAAAAAUUAUAGUAAAGAAAAAAAUAUAUCAAUAAAAAUUUAAUUUUUGUUUGUUUGUUUGUAGUUGAAGUUGGAAAUGCUCGCUAUUUUAGUUUUUUGUUUAACAGCAUACAGAA